GAAGACAAGGAACUGAGUGAGAAGAAGCACAGCAGGAAGCCAAGGUGGAUGCUUCUCUCUGUCAUGGUGGAGGGAGAAACUGUUUUUUGAGAAGGCAGCCUCGUGGGCUGAGCAGUGAAGAGAUGGAAGCUCCCUGGAAGCCUCAGAGGACAGAAGACUCAUCCUUGCUGAUGUCCUAUCGGUGGCAGACCAUUCUACAGAAUGGGGAGAAGGGUCCAGUAAUGGAUCCUCCUAAUGUGAUAGCAGACAACAGGCGUAGGGGCAGGCUGCAGAAAUGGAAGUGGACACAAAGCCAGCCAGAGACUGGAUAUCCUCAGCCCAGCACUGAAAAGUCACCCACAGCAUUUUCCCAAGAGAACAGAGCUGUGACUAAGAGAUCUGUCUUUCAGAGGGCUUUCUCUGCUCCUACCAAGGUGUCCAAGGGCCAUGAGGGAAGCAGUAAACUGAGCCUAAAGAAGUAUCUACGCUCUAUGUCCCACCGAAAGAACCAAGAAGGUACCCCCAGAUCAGAAAGGGACACCAGGGAAGCAACCAAAGGUGAUGAGUCUUCUGUCCAGCUGGCUCCGGGCGUUAAUCCUGAUGCUCACCUCUGGGAUGUGUCCAGUGUGUCUCUUCUGGAUCGACAGUUGGUGAUCUUGGGCAGAGAAGAGGAGGUUCUGCUCCAAAAUCGGAAUCGGACCAGUAGUUCUGUUUCAGAGUCAAGUUCACUAUACCCAUCAGAGAUAGCUCCUGAGGGACCGAGCUUUCUAGACUCACGGGCCCCUGAAAAAAGACCCCUCCAGGAGGCUUCCUCUGGGACACAGCUCAGCAAUGUCAAGGGUUUGCUGUGGAAACGCAUCAGAGACAGAAAAGGUCGACUCCAGGCCAAGACUGAUGCUUCGGUGGUGCUUGCUGUGAAUGGUGAUAGGGAGGCCCUACCUAGCCCUACUGUUCUCUUGGACCUGGACACUGAGAAGGACAUCCUGAUACGCCCACUUCACAGCAGCCUCUUGGGACAACGGUACUGUUUUGAGGUGCUGAGUGCAGGGGGACGGCGCUGCUUCAAGUGUGCUUCUGCUGCUGAGAGGACUCGUUGGAUGGAGGACUGGCGCAGAGUGGUCCAGCCCAGUAUGGACAACUGCGAACGGACUGAACGCAUGCUCAACCUUUGGGUGUAUGAGGCCCGGAACCUAGCUCCUAAGAGACCCUACCUCUGCGAGCUGCGGCUGGACGGGGCCCUGUAUGCUCGCACCACAACCAAGCCAGCCACCCCUGGUGGGACCAUCUUCUGGGGGGAGCACUUUGACCUGAAGACUCUGCCCCCAGCUGAGGAACUGCAUGUUUGCCUAGUGCAGGGGGAAGAGGGCCAGAAAGCAGCCAGCCUCAUUACCAGUGUGGCCAUUCCCUUAAAGGAGCUGGCUGUCAUGCACCAGCCCUUGGAGAGGUGGUAUCCUCUGGGAAGGAACAGACCAAACCUUCCCACCCUCCGCCUGCGAGGACGCUACUGCAGUGUCCGUGUGCUGCCCAUUGUGCAAUACAAAGAGUUUGCCGAGUAUCUCACUUUCCAUUAUCAAGAGCUGUGUGCUGGGCUGGAACAUAGCCUCAGUGCCAGGGACAAAGAGGAGCUGACCAGUGUCUUGGUGCGGGUCUUGCAAAGCACGGGCAAAGCCAAGGAUUUUUUGAUUGAUUUGGGUGUGGCAGAGCUGGACCGUUUUGAUGAGCGAGAAGCAUUGCUUUUCCGCGAGAACACACUUGCCACCAAGGCCAUUGAAGAAUACAUGAAGCUGGUGGGAGGACCAUACCUUCUGGCCACACUGAGUGACAUUGUUGCCCAGCCAUGCUGUCUGGAUGAUAGCUGUGAGGUGGACCCCAGCAAAUGUGCCUCGUGUGACCUUGUGAAUAAUCGCAGCAGCCUCCAGCAUCGCUGUGAAGAAGUCUUCCGGAAGAUUGUUGAGUCCAUCCACUCCUUUCCAGCCGAGCUAAGCGAGGUCUUCACCGCCUGGCAGGAGGCAUGCCAGUUGAGGGGCAAGCCUGGUAUUGGCCAGCGACUCAUUUCAGCAUCCCUCUUCUUGCGUUUCCUCUGCCCAGCCAUCAUGUCCCCCAGCCUUUUUGGACUCACUCAGGCAUAUCCAGAUGACGCCACCUCCCGCACCCUCACUCUGGUGGCUAAAGUUAUCCAGAAUUUGGCAAAUUUUACCACAUUUGGGGAGAAGGAGACCUACAUGGGUUUCAUGAAUGAGUUUCUGGAGCGCAACUGGGGCACCAUGAAGUCAUUCCUUAGCAGUAUCUCAAGUCCUGGCAGUGUCAUCCACAUGGUUGCCUUUGAUGACUCCAUUGACCUAGCCCUGGAGUUAUCUAUCCUGCACUCACUGCUCUGCAACAUCUUCUCGUCUGUGGAAGAGUCAGUCAAACCUGCCGAUCGCCAGCCUGCUGAUAUGAUGGAACUGCUGCAAGAGAUCACCCAGAUGUUGGGGGUUUGGCAGGCAGAAAACCAGAAGCCAGGAUUUGUGCCUCCACGCGACCUGGGCAAGCACAACCCUUUGAUCAAGAGCCAGUCCAUGACCAGCAUCCAGAAGGGCCCAAGGAAGGAUGAGCCACUGGCUCCUUUGCACCAAGCCAAAGCAAGGAGCAAAGUGCAGCGCACUCAGAGUGUCCCAACUCAGAACAAGGGGGCCCGGCGUCUCCACAAGCAAAGCAGCACAGAGCACAUGGUGGAAAGCAGCCCUGAGUCUAACAUCUUUGGCCCACAGAAUAGCAAAGCUAUGCAGGAUUAUUCAAAGCUGCGCCCAUCUGCAUCACUUCCUAGGAAACCUACUGUGCCUUGGCUACGGCACUCGGAAGAGGUGGUUGCAACACAAAGGGGCUUGUAUAUUGUGCAUCCACUGGAAGAGUAUGGGAGGCAGAUGGAAAAGCUGCAGGCAGAGCUGACAACAGCCAAGGAGAAGCAGAAGCUCUUUCAGGAUCAGCUGGAAAGUCUCAUGGCACAGAAUCAAGUGCUUCUGGAAGAAAAAACAAGGUUUCAGGAGUGGGAAGGGAUUCUGUGCAAGAGGCUGGAGGAGAUGGAGAGCUGCCUUGUGAAGCUAAGCAACAGAGUAUCAAGUCUGGAGGCCAACUCGAAGAAAGAGCAUGAGAAGCUUCUAGCAAGCGAGGAGAAGACCAAGCAAUUGGAACACCACCUAUCAGGAAUGGAGAGGAAACAUGACCAGCUUCUCCAUGCUGUAAGCCAGAUGCUAGAAUACAGAGGAAAGACGUCCAAUUCACUGCAGCGACAGCUCUCGGGGCCGGUGUGGAUAAACAGAACUCAGAAUGGGGACGAGAUCUAGCCUGGCUUCCUUGGGCUCUCAACAUGCAGAACAUGCCAAUCUACUGUGGGCCUUUACAAGGGUCAGCUUAAACUGGAGAGCUCCAGUUGUCUUAAAGGUGUCAGAGGUGACCCUUCCAUUUGACAGUCCUCUGGCCCUCCAAGAGUGACUCUGAUGUGUACAGUGUUCUGAUGGGACUCUUGACUGGGACCUGCCCUUCUGUCCUCUGUACCUUGCACUUUCUCCUUGGCCUUUUUCCAAUGCCCAAAAGUGGUUGCUGUUGCUUCAAGCCCUCUGUUUGAGAGGCUGCACCCUCUCACUGUAUCAUGGCUCUGGUGCUUCAGCCUGCAAGGGCUUCUUUGGAGUUUAUCAGACAAGGGAAAUUGGAAGUAUAAUCCAAUGGCAA